AUGGAUAGUUUUGAUUGGACUUAUUCACCUGGUGUCUCAAAAAAUACUUCCUCCACAUGGAGCAAUCAGCAACAUGAUGUGGUUCAGCAGCUGAGCCCUGUGUUGGCCACUGGAACGCAUGUUAAUUCGAACUGCAGGAUUUUGCUGCAUCAGGAAGCUGCAAAAUUAGGGCCUGGUGCAAGUUGGAGAGAGAUCAUAAAUGCAGAAAUGCCUUGCUCGACGACCCCAAAAAAUAGCCUAAUAACAGCUGAUUUAGGAAUUGAAAGCCAUCCAAAAACUGUCUCUCUGGAUUCCUUAGAUUGCUUGCUAUCUACAACCACGGACACAUCGGUAGAAGACGAUGGGAUCUCCAAGGUUUUUUCUGAUUGCAAAAACUCAUGGAACAAUUUCGGUACUCUUCAUGCAGUUUCAUCAGUAGCAUCUGUAUCUCAUGUCUCCAAUGGAAAACAGGAAGGCAAUAGCCACAGCCAUACAAAUCAGUUCAAAGAGACAUUUUCACAAACACCUACAGAUCAAAAUGCCAAUCAACCCAGAUCUUCAAGCAUAAAGCUUUACACUACAAAGAGAAGUAGUGCACAGAGUGAACUCAAAGAAAGCCCCGUAAGAUCCAAGACAUCCAGAUCGGAUAAACAUCCAAAUUUAUCACACAUCAAUUUCCAGCAACAUGUAUCUUCAUUCGAACCCGACUCAGACGCUAUGGCGCAAAUGAAAGAGAUGAUAUACCGAGCUGCAGCAUUCAAGCCGAUAAAUCUCACCAUGGAGGCCAUGGAGAAGCCCAAGAGGAAGAACAUUAGAAUAUCAACAGACCCACAAACUGUGGCUGCAAGACAAAGGAGAGAAAGGAUAAGUGAAAGAUUUAGGGUUUUGCAAAGGCUGGUCCCAGGAGGUAACAAGAUGGACACUGCAUCAAUGCUUGAUGAAGCUGCUAAUUAUCUCAAAUUCCUCAGAUCACAAAUCAAAGCACUAGAAGAAUCAGGGCAUAGUAUGGGAUCAGUGAAUUUUCCCUCUACAAAUCUUGCCUACUCUCCAUUCACGAACUCAUUUGCCAUGCAAACCAAUUUUUGUUUCCAAAACCCUAACCCAAACCACCAUUCCAAGACAUAA